AGAAGGAAAAAGGGAGAAAAGAAAAGAAAAGCCUUCAUUUUUGUCAAAGUAUUCGUUCAACCAAAGGAAAAGCCAUUGUUGUGAGCUCUGACCUGACCUGUGCUUCGUUCUAACAAAGUUUGAGCUUUUUGUCCUUCAAAAUAAUCUGAUCGGCCAGUGAGAUGUGUGGAGGUGCUAUUAUCUCCGACUUCAUUCCGGCGGCGGCGGCGGUGACAGCUAGGUCUCGCCGGCUCACCGCGGAGUACCUGUGGCCUGACCUGAAGAAAGGCAGCUCAGGGAAGCGCGUGCCGAAGGCAGCGGUAAUCGACCUCGACGAUGAUUUCGAGGCCGAUUUCAGGGAAUUCAAGGACGACUCCGACAUCGACAUUGACGACGAUGAGGAUGAUGCCAAGCCCUUUGCUUUCGCCGCCGCCAAAGCUCCCAAGUCCAUAUCCCGUGCUGGAAAAUCUGCGGUCAAAGCACAAUCUGAGAAGUCUGCAAAGAGAAAGAGGAAGAAUCAGUACAGGGGAAUCCGUCAGCGUCCUUGGGGGAAAUGGGCGGCUGAGAUCCGUGAUCCAAGAAAGGGUGUUCGUGUCUGGCUAGGAACCUUCAGCACUGCUGAAGAGGCUGCCAGAGCUUAUGAUGCUGAAGCACGGAGGAUUCGUGGCAAGAAAGCCAAGGUGAAUUUCCCUGAAGAGGCACCACGCACUCCUCCGAAACGUGCCAGGCCAAAUCUGAAUGCUGUUCAGCCCAAUCUGAGUCAUAAAUUCAGUGUUGGUAACAAUAUGGAGAACUAUGGUCCUCUGGAUGGGUUUGAACAGAAACCACUGGUUAACCAGACUGCUAACAUGGACUCCAUUCCUGAGGGUGGAAAUGGUUUUACAUCCCUUACCUCACCUGAUGAUGUGACCCUUUACUUCAGCUCGGAUCAGGGGAGUAAUACAUUUGAUUAUUCAGAUCUUCGCUGGGGUGAACAGGCCCCAAAGACUCCCGAGAUCUCAUCCAUGCUUUCUGCUGCUCUGGAAGGGGAAUCUCCUUUUGAGCAAGAUGCUAACCAACAGAAAAAUCUGCAGUCUAUCUCACAGGAUGUGGUACCUAUGAAAGAUGAUUCUUCAAAGACACUGUCUGAGGAGCUUGUGGAUAUUGAAUCCGAUUUGAAAUUCUUUCAGAUGCCUUUUCUUGAAGGGAGCUGGGAUGAUACUUCAUUGGAAUCUUUGCUAGCUGGAGACACCACUCAGAAUGGUGAAAACCUGAUGAACCUGUGGAGCUUUGAUGACAUUCCUUCCAUGUCUGGUGGUGUGUUCUGAGCAGCUAUUGGUCUCUCUGUUUGUGUAAAUAAAGCUACAAGUUAGUAAUUUUCAUUUUAUUUCCGCAAUUGUUGUUUUAUUUUCGUUGCUAUGUGCAUCCCUGAAUGCGUCUAAAAAAUGAACAAGAUGUUAUUAGACACUGUGUUGCUUUCAGGAAUGUCCUCUUUGUUGAAGAUGGAGUUAAAGCAAGACUGAGCUUUAACCAUGUGUGAAGGUCAUUCUCUUGUAGCUAAAGAAGUAUGAGACAAUAUAUGGUCAUAUAGGCUACUUUCGCCUUGUCAAGGAACUUGCUUUUUUGGGGAUUUUCAAUUUGAUGUUCAUAAGGGUGAUUGUGUAUGAUCUGUGUCACUGUCUUGACUUGACUUGACUUUUAAUUCUUAACCUAUUGUUUUUUCAA